AAAAUCAAAAUGGCAGUCACAGGUGCUGUGAUGAGAUCAGCAUGCGUUCAAUUUUCAAGGAUAGUAUCUGCACAAAGUUUAAGAUCAGUGCAAAAGGAAGUUGCAGUUUUGAGAUGCCCUCGUACAUGCAUCAGUGUGCAUCUGAGGCGUCAGCAGUUUGGCAGUGCCUGUGGAAGAAUGUUUUCUAAUUCUUCAAGUACUGCCACAAGCAGCCCAGCAGCUGAACUGAGCACAAGUCCAGAGUGGAGUCUGGCUGCUACUAACAGUAAAGAUAUUAUCAGCAACAUUGAGUCCAAGCUUGGCAGUCCAGACCUAGGACGUCUGUUUGCUGUUGUGCACGUUGGAGGAAAACAGCGCAAAGUGACAGCUGAAGACAUCAUCAUCGUAGAGCACAACUUCCCUCCCACAGUCGGGGACAAGAUCAGGUUGGAGAAGGUCUUGAUGGUUGGCAGUAAAGACUUUACCAUGGUCGGUCGUCCAAUGCUCAGCCGUGAGCAAGUCUAUGUUGAGGCCACUGUUGUGGAGAAGACACUCUCUCACUUCAAAACCAUCUUCAACUAUGUGAAGACAAAGGGGCAUCGCAAAUAUAAAUUGAAGCGGAACGAACAGACAGUGCUUCUCAUAAACAACAUACAGCUGAGGCAGAUCUCCUGAAACCAUGGAAACAGAAACAGCAUCAAGCAAAUGUUCAGCAUGUAUAUUAAUGUUAAUUAAUGGAUCCUUUGUCUGCAAGAUCACUUUUACAAGAUGUGAUGUCUGUGACCUUGUCAGUCCACAGUGCAUUUACAAGCUGACUUAUAACACUACGAUGUGCCAUCCAUUACGUGCUCAGUGAUUUGUCAGUACAAUUGCUGACUGCAGCAUCAUUUUGACAUGCAGCUACUCAUUUACAUGCAAUGUAAUGUUGAGAGGCCCUUUGAAAUUGACUUUAUGUGACAUUCUGACAAUAUUUCUACUCUGUUUACUCAUCGGAGUUGAUUAUUGAAGAGGAUGGCACAGCAGACACACUGUAUGCUCUCUGGGGUGGAUAGGAGUUGAACCAAUUUCUCAGGCUGUCACUAUGGGAACAGGACUUUUUGUUUUGUUUUGAAGAGCAUCAGUGAUUUGUAUUAAAGCAUAAAUAAUGUGUGUUUGUAGAAACUAUGUUGUAAUAAGCUGGUGACAACCAUUGUGAUUGUUUUGUCCUGAGCAUUGUGCUUUUGAUAAGGUUUAUCCUCAUACACAAACUAUAGUUGAACUAGUCAUAGCAUUUGUUGCUUAGAAUUUAGAAAAUGUAUUUACAUUUUCAGAUUGUCGUGACAAUAUUGCCAACCCUUUUUGUGGUGAAAUUUCUUCAGAACGAUUUUGAUAGUUAUGUGCCAGUUAGGGGUGCCUGGUUUAAGGAGUUGUUGUUCAGAAGCAUGAUACUUCUGAUGUUAUCUUCACUCUGAAGAGCCAUAAGCUCUUGGUCAAUGACUCAGCAAUAUGCAGCAGUGAGAAACUAUUAUUGAAUGCCAAAAUAUGUAAUUACUGUAGUGCAGAAUAAUUAAUGGACUACAGAAUGUGCUUUCACAUGAUUAUUGUCAAAGUUUGUUCAUAUAAGUAAUAAACAGUGAAUGGACA